GUAAAAAAAAUCAAUCAUUGUUUGUUUGCUUUUUGUGAUAUGCUAAAAAUUAAUGAUUUUUUUUGUGAUAUUCAAAUCUUCAUCCAGAGUUUCCGAACUCGACCUGACUCGUUUUUUUCUUCCCACAGGCUUCCACAUGAGCAACUCUUGGCCGCUAGCAUGGAGACCGUUGAAACUUCCUCUAGAUCGAGCUUUUUAACGUUUGGAGAGAGGAUCUGCUAUGUGUUUACGCCAUUGUUAGCCGUAAUUGAUUUGGUUUUAACUGCUGUUGGUGGCUGCUUCUGCGUCGACUUGGAGCACCGGCGUAAACCUAGAAAAGGCUGGUUUGAUUACAGAUAUUUGGCUCGGCUUGCUGAUGAAUCUCGAUGUUUUGAGAAAUCAGUUGAAUGGAAGUUAAAUGUUUGCUGGUUAUGUGGCAGUCACGGUUAACGAAGUGGAGGCAUUGUAUGAGCUUUUCACCAAGUUGAGUAGUUCGAUUAUUGAUGAUGGCCUCAUCCACAAGGAAGAGCUUCAAUUAACACUCUUCCAAACUCGGCAUGGAAAGAAUCUCUUUCUGGACAGGGUUUUUGAUCUUUUUGAUGAAAAGAGGAAUGGCGUGAUUGAUUUUGAGGAAUUUGUCCAUGCGCUCAAUGUCUUUCAUCCCUUUACCCCUAUUGAAGAAAAAAUUGAUUUUGCAUUUAGGCUGUAUGAUCUCAGACAGACUGGAUUUAUUGAGCGAGAAGAGGUGAAGCAAAUGGUGGUUGCCAUUUUGAUGGAAUCGAAUGUGAAAUUGUCGGAUGACCUUCUUGAGUCUAUCAUUGAUAAUACAUUUGCUGAUGCCGAUGCUGACAAGGAUGGUAAGAUCAACAAGGAAGAGUGGAAAGCAUUUGUAAUUCGAAACCCAAGCCUGCUAAAGAACAUGACACUACCCUAUUUGAAGGACAUCACCACAGUAUUUCCAAGUUUUGUUUUCCGCACUCAGGUUGAAGAAUGCUUUUGAAGGAUUUGUUAUCGGGUGUUAAAAAGCUUCAAUUCAAUAUGGAUCUACUUUUGAGGUUGAGGAGACUCUUUUCUAAUGGUUCAAUUUAUUUGCACCUGCUGAAGAUCAGAGGACCCAGUGUGCCAUUGUUGGGCGAAAGCGUAGCGGAAAAAUUGUGGCAUUAUUCGAUGUUUUGGGUUUCUGAGCCUUAAGCAUGGGGCCGUCAUUUGGUAAGCCUGUCAACACCUGAAUUGUACAGGAGGAAGAGAACUAUUCUCUUUCUCUAAUCUUUUUCUUUUCUUCUUAUAUUGUAAUGAGGCUGUGUAGUAUUAUUUCUGCUGCAAAUAUAAUGUUUGUUUAGCUUUGUAUAUUCUACUUUUUAGCAAUCAGAUACAUCCGAUCAUUGAAAAUUUUUGUAUCUGGAAAUUUGAAAAUCAACUCCGGUUAUGAGCUUUUACAUAA